AUGGGAUACGUGCGCACACGAUCUGUUCCUUCGAUCGUUGCUGGCUGUGCUGUUGGAUUCUUAUAUGCUCUUGGUGGCUAUCGCAUUCAGAAUGAGCAGCCUUACGGAGUCGAGCUUGGUCUUUUAGCCUCCGUCGUUCUUGGGGGAUCUGCUUUCCCCCGAGCCCUUCGUCUGAGGAAACCGGUUCCAAUUCUUCUCAGCGUCAUUUCAGCAUUUGGCCUCUUCACCUACGGUUCUGCUCUUCGAAGGAGGGCCUGA